AUGCGUAGAUUCGAAGUUGACUCCGAACAGGCUCAAGCCUUUGACCAGGUCGACAACGCGCCUCACGGGGCCAGAAUAUCGCACGAGUUACUCAGUAAUGCCGCUGCCUAUGAAGCCGCCAAAACAUACGAGAUCUACGUCGCCCAAUCUGGUCACGGACCUGCUAGUGACACCGGGGUUAAAUGGACUCUCGCCAUCCUUGUCAGUGCCUCUGUCGACCGCUUAGUUGAAACAAAGGGUCUAGAAUACGUUGACAAGGAGAAGGCCAAGCACGAUGGCAUACUGCAAGUUGAAGAAGCAAGAGCAAGGAAUGAAUAA